CAAUUUUUGCUGGAAUUUGUUUUUCUUAAGCUUCACCUUUCACAUCGUUACAUUACGGUUUUCAAUGAUUUAGUGUAUUGUAACGCAAUAAAAAACAGUCACAGUGGUUUCUACACCACAAAGAGAAAUUGUACGGACAUUCUGCGCUUAACCAGGAACAGCAAUGCCUCAUUCAUUCGGUCUCAGAGCUCGUACCCGUUACACCUUCCAACGUGGCUUCAGAGAGCAUGGUCAAAUUCGUUUGUCCACUUACUUGAAGACCUACAAGGUUGGUGACAUUGUCGACAUUAAGGCCAAUGGUGCCGUCCAGAAGGGUAUGCCUCACAAGUACUACCACGGUAAGACCGGUAUCGUUUAUAACGUUACUCAAUCUUCCGUUGGUGUCUUGAUCUACAAGAUCGUUGGCAACCGUUACAUGGAGAAACGCGUCAACGUCCGUAUUGAGCACGUUAAGCACUCUAAGUGCCGUCAAGAUUUCUUGAACCGUGUCAAGCUUAACGAGCAAAAGCGUAAGGAAGCCAAGGCUGAAGGUAAGACCGUCCAACUCCGUCGUCAACCUGCCCCCCCUGUUAAGGCCCACUUCGUUGCUGCUACUGAGCAAAACAAACCCAUCACUCUUCAUCCUGCUCCUUAUGAUACUUUCAUCUAGAUCAAAGAUUGCUGUUCCUUUCAGUUAUUUUAUAUUAUUUUUGAUGGAUUAAUUAGUCCAUUUGUAAUCUCAGAAGUAGCUUAAGUAAUUAUGUAGUAGGUAGUAUAA